UUUGCUGAGACAAGACAGUUAUUAGGCGGCGCGAGGUGGCCAGUAUGGAGCUCGCGGAGGCGCGGCAGAGCCGGGUGCGUGGCAGCACCGCGGCCGUGGAAGCCCUGACUCCUUCCAGCCGUCACUCCUGGAUCCCUGUCCCCGGUCCCUAGACGCCUUUCCCGGCGACGCGGGUCGCUCUUUCAAUGGAUUCAUUUCAGACUGAACAGAUGUUGAGCUUGCCCGGCGAGCAGGGCAGCAACAACUUAGAGCCGGCAGAGUCGGCGGAGCGGGAGGCAAGUGCUGCUGGAGUAGACACGGGCUCCCAUCCGGGAGGGGCUACAGAGGGUCCCGAACCGCCACAGACGCGAGAGCAGGAGCAAGAGCAGCCUCCGAGAACCUCGACGCCCCCGGAGUGCAAAGUCCUGCUCUCGCAGGCCGACGCCUUGGCGUGCGGGGGGCGCCUCCGGGAAGCUCUCGAGGUAUACAGAAAGCUCUCUGAGCGACAGCAGCUGGUGGCCGAGCAGCUGGAGCAGCUGGUGCGCUGCCUGGCAGAGAACGUCCCGCAAGACGAGGCACAGGCGCACAGGCCAGCUCUGUCGGACAGGAGCAGCGCGACAGUCUGCACCGGGGCAGCGGAAGAGGCAGGGGUGACGGCUGCUGCGGCCACUGAAGUGUGGGAUGGCUUUAAGUGCCGGAAGUGUCAUGGAUUUUUAUCAGACCCGGUGUCCUUGUCUUGCGGCCACACCUUUUGUAAACUGUGCCUAGAACGUGGGCGGGCAGCUGACCGGCGCUGUGCGCUGUGCGGGGUCAAGCUCUCCGCGUUGAUGGUGGCCACUGGGAGGACGCGCGGUGCCCGGCGGGCUGGGCAGCAGACGCCGCCGCCGCUGCGGGUCAACGUGGUGCUCAGUGGCCUCCUCGGCAAGUUGUUCCCGGGCCCGGCGCGGGCGUCACAACUCCGGCACGAGGGCAACCGGCUGUACCGAGAGCGCCAGGUGGAGGCGGCGCUGCUCAAGUACAACGAGGCGGUUAGGCUAGCUCCAAAUGACCACUUGCUUUAUAGCAACAGGUCUCAAAUUUAUUUCACCCUGGAAUCUCAUGAAGAUGCAUUACAUGAUGCAGAAAUAGCAUGUAAACUCCGCCCAAUGGGUUUUAAGGCACACUUCAGAAAAGCGCAAGCCUUAGCCACCCUAGGCAAGGUGGAGGAAGCCCUGAGAGAGUUUCUUUACUGUGUAUCCCUUGAUGGAAAGAACAAGAGAGCAAGAUCAGAAGCCCAGAGGCUUCUCCUUAGUUUCUUUUCACCAUCAGUCCCGGGGGAUUCUCAGGAACAUUCUCCCGAUAUCCUGAAGCUGUUGGCACCUCACCCUAGAUUAAAGGAACACGUAGAGUCAAUGGCUACUGAAGGCACCAGCCAUAAUCUACUAAAGUUGUCACAGGAAAAUCCUGAGCUCCCACAUUGCUUGAGUCAGAAGCAGGCAGAAGCCAACCGAGAUGGCUGCAGUCUGAUGAACACAGCUAACAUACAGGUGGAUGGGAGGCGAGACAACAUGAAAGAACAGGAAGAAAAAGAGGGGGAAAAGCAAGAUGCUGCUUCUCCAGAUACUGCUUCUGUCAAGAUUGGCAAAUGUCAGGAAAAGAAAAGGAAACAUUGCCAAAUUGAAAUCCAAGAAGACACAGAGGUGUUUAAUAAAGCCUAUAAACAAGAUCUUCCCACUGAUCAGGGGGCCAAAACUGCUCUCAGUAUUCCACUUGCAUCUUUUGAUGCCUCUGACCUUGAAUGCUCCCUAUGUAUGAGAUUAUUCUAUGAGCCAGUCACAACGCCUUGUGGGCACACCUUUUGCUUAAAAUGCCUUGAAAGAUGCCUGGAUCACAAUGCAAAAUGUCCAUUGUGCAAGGAUGGUCUUUCCCAGUGCUUGGCAUCAAGAAAAUACAGCAAAAAUGUAAUAAUGGAAGAGCUAAUAGCUAAAUUCCUUCCAGAAGAACUCAAGGAACGAAGGAGGCUUUACGAAGAGGAAAUGGAAGAACUCUCUAAAGCCAUCUCAUUUGCUCUUCUUGACAGCUUAAAUAAGAAUGUGCCUAUUUUUGUGUGUACCAUGGCCUAUCCAACGGUUCCUUGCCCCCUGCACAUCUUUGAGCCUUGUUACCGCCUGAUGAUUCGGAGAUGCAUUGAGACAGGCACGAGACAGUUUGGCAUGUGCCUUGGAGAUCCUGUCAAAGGGUUUGCAGAAUAUGGCUGCAUCCUAGAGAUCAGAAAUGUUCAGUUCUUUGCUGAUGGUCGCUCAGUGGUUGAUAGCAUAGGCAAGAGACGCUUCAAGGUUCUCCAUCAGGGCCAGCGGGAUGGCUACAACACAGCCGACAUUGAAUACAUUGAAGAUCAAAAGGUUCAGGGAGAAGACUGUGCCGAGCUCAUGGGAUUACAUAACUGUGUCUAUGAGCAAGCAUCAUCAUGGUUUCACUCGCUCAAAUCAUCUCUGAAGACUCGAAUUCUCAAUCACUUUGGUCCAAUGCCAGAGAAAGAUGCUGAUCCUCAGAUUAACCCGAAUGGCCCAGCCUGGUGCUGGUGGACAUUAGCUGUUCUUCCCUUGGAAAGUCGAGCUCAGCUCCCGUUUCUUGCAAUGAGGUCCUUAAAGGAUAGACUGAAUGGUAUUCGGCGAGUCCUGGCUUUUAUAUCCCGAAACCAGAACUAGUGAAAGUGGAUUGCUGAAGAGAAGCGCUCACCCUCCCUGCUCUUUGGGGAGGAGACCUGCUUGUAAAUAUAUCUAAUUGCAAUAACAUCUUAACAGAAGAGGUUAUCAAACAGAGGUGUGUUUCCCUACUCUUGAUCACACAGAGAAAUCAAGUAGAAAGACCAAAUGAAUGUGACCUGUUUGAAACUUUCUGUCUUAAGAUGCUUUUUGAGAUGCUGCACAACUACAUAAACUGCAGAGGUGUUUAAGAGCCCAGGAAAAAAUGAUUUUACCAUAAUAUUUUAUGGAAGUUUAACAUGAUUUUGCUUUAGUUUUUCUUUCUUCCAUAGGUGAAUGACCGUAUGGCUGAAAUGUGAAGCAAAGAUACUAAUAAUGUUGCUGCAUUAUUUAACUGACUUGAGUUGUCAUUCCAAAUGGUUCAGGUUUUAUAGAGCAUUGUGUAAAAUAAUGUUCAUACUUCUGUUUAAUAAUUUAUUUUUUGCACUACUGUAUCCUUUUUUCUACAUGUAUGUUUGUAACUAUUUAAGUGCACAUUGCUGAAAAGUCCAUUGUUUUAUUUAUUGAUGUGGUUUACCAUGUACCUAGGGGGAAUUACUGUACUAGAAAUGUACAAUUUUUGCUUCCAAAACUUUACUAUUUUGAUCCCAGUUCUUGAACCGUUUCCCCAUCUAUCCUAGUAGAAGUUUAAAAAGGACUUCAGAAUGAUGCUAAGAUCAUCCAUCUUAACAGAUUCUACCUUUCCAGUUUUAAUUAAAUAACAUGAAAUACUUUAAUGAUUUGGCAUAGAUUGUGGUACAUGCCAAGGUAAAGUAAAAGAAUCCAAUUGAAUGUCUUUAAUACAACAUAUUAUGGGCAUUUGGGGUAGAAGGGAUGGCUUUCAAAAGUAUAGCAGCUCACAGCUAUUCCUAGCUUGCCUGUACACCCCACCUCUUCUCAGUGUUCUGAGAAUGAAGACCUCUGCUGAAACACUCUAUGAAGGACUAUUUGUUAUUAAAAGUGUAAAGAAGCCAGAUAGGUGGAAGCCUUUAAAAAUACAGUAUUUUAAAACAACCAGACAAUCUAUGGUUUUAUCAAAACACUGCCUUUCAUUCUAAUUUCCAAGAGGCCAAAGAUUUCAAUAUGGGGGAAGAAAAAAGAAGUAAAACUAAGCAUUACUUUGCUUGCCUAGUGGUAGCUGACUCCUUUCAUGUCCAAAAAAUCUGAAAAAUACUACGAGUAUAGAAGAGUCAUAAUGUCAGAGUGGAAAGACAGGUGCAGGAAGAAGUGAGUUGUUGUGUUUGUAUCUUCAUGUAGAUUGCCCUCCCCUGUGUGAUUCUGGACAGGUGCGCUAUUCACUGGAAGCCAGCAUACUCCGUUAAAGUGAGAGAGUCAUGCUUCAAGUAAUUAUCAUUAGUCCUUGACUUAUGAAUGAGUUCUGCUCCAGGAGAAUUUUUCAGAAGUUGGAUUCAUUGAAGUGAUGAGGUCAAUGAAGUGAGUCUUAUACAGCAUACCUGUCAAAGUUCACAACUUAAAUAUUUGUAAGCUUCUGUACUAUCACCAGUGGUUAGAAACAGGAUGGGCAAAUGAGAUGAUCCAGAUAAUAUUUAAGAGACUUGUGUAAGCAGAAACCAAACUAUCUUCUCACUUAUUAGUGGAUGCUGUGUUGGCAGAGCAUUAUAUUAACAGGUUUGAUGCUUGUAGUAGACUGGGCUGGAGAAGAAUGCAAGUAUGGUACAGGGAGUGGAAGGACCUGUUUGUCCGGGAAAACUCUACAAGGCUCACAGUACAGGAAAUUAGUGCACAUUCUCUCGUGCCAACCAUGUGUGCAUCUUCUUGGUGCAGCAGUUUCUUAUUCUGUAGUGUAAAAACAACAAAGAAAAUGUUACAAUCUUCUCUAUUGACUAAAUGUGUUGCUUUGAUAAGUGGUUUAAUUUUGGCUGAGCCAGUUUCCUCAAUGAAAUGGCAGUGCUAAAUAUUGCAUAUGGGAUUGUCAUGAAAAUUGAAUGAAAUAUAGUUGAAAUCACUUAACAUGGCAGCCUGACUAGAGGAGAUAGUCAACAAAUCAGAACUAUUAUUUCAUUGGCCCUAGUUACAGAAUAUACUCAAAAUUCAUAUUUGCAUAAAACGUUGACUGAACAUGCAGUAAACACUUGCAACCCCUUUAAUUUGGUUGAGGGAAUCUGCACCACUAAUUUUUGACCAUAACUUAAUGGUUUAUAGGUGAUUCCUUUUGGGAUGAAUUCUGUUUGGGAAAAUGUAGAGACUGGAGAACAAAUGAGGGUCAGAGGUAGGGACUACUAUGCCAACAAAUAUUGUCCUAGUUUAAUAACUGCUAAAAAGCAGUGUUGCUUGGAAAUAUAACAUCUCUGAUAGAAUAGAACCCUUAAGUUCUAGCUAUAUUAGGAUAACAAAUUCAUCACUCUCAGUUCUCCAAAAUAUAUUGAUAAUCUCACCUAUACCAGGAUGAUUGAAUUUCAUGAUCUAUGACUUUUGUGUUUAGUUCAUAAAUGGUGAACUGUAUCUCUUUAUGCUUCCCAAAGUAGCAGACUAAAAACAUGUAUUGGGAGCCUACCAUGUACAAGAUAUGAAGCCACAUUAUCUCUCAUACCUGAGUUUAUUAAAUCAUUUCUUUUUUAGAGUGUAGUUAUUCCUAUAUAAUAGAUGAGAAAACGGAGGCUCAGCAUUAAUGAAUAAUUUUCCCGGGUAACAUGGUCAUGUAAUAAAUAGCCAAGCUUGAUUUUAAAUGCAUUACUUUGCAGGUUUUAAAAAGUAUAAAAUAGUUUGUGUUACACAUAGUUUUAUUUAACAGACAUGGCAGUUGAAUCACAAAAGAGGCCUAAGCUCCCAAUGGGAAGAUGCAGAUAAAUAAAAUUCACUUAUCCAGCACAUCUCUACUAAGUCAAAAAGGAAGUUUUAUUUCUUAGUAAAUUUUUGUAUCAUAGAAUUCCCCCUGAUAGGGGAGCAGUCCACUCCAGAACAUGUAGGUCUCUGUUAAGCAGAACUGCACUUUACUCUCAGUGGUCUAGAGACAUAGUCUGGUUGUUUUACCGUAAGUUUCUAUAAUGGUGGGAGGCAUGCUAAACCUUGACUAUCUUUGGGUUGUACUUGAACAGAAUCUUCGAUUGGACUUGACUAUUUUUACCACUUGUAAUGGUUUUGCUGCCCAGCUUGAAAAUGAAAGAAGAGUAUAGAGAGAAAAGACCUAAGUCUAAAUCUAGGCUAGAAUGACAAGACUUCCCCCUUGGUAGAUAGUGCCACUUAUUGGAUUGGUUUCCCUGUUUGUUGUGACUGACUCAGUAUUUUCCUGGUAGAUUAUUCUCUCUCUCUCUCUCUCUCUCUCUCUCUCUCUCUCUCUCUCUCUCUCUCCCUCUCUCUCUUUGUGUGUGUGUGUGCAUGCAUGUAUACCCACAUACAUAUACCAAGUUGCAAACAACAUCAUGCCUUUCUACUUUGUAUCACACUACUGCUGCUAGCUAAUAACCAGCAAAAUGUAGUAAAUAAAAAAAUGAAGAAGAUUAAUUUUCUAUAGACAACUUGGAGACAUUAGGGCAUGCCCCUGAUUUAGGGGAGCACAGAAAUGACUAUUUCAGCAGCUAGCCUGUUUUGAAGGCCAACUGCUUCUAGCCCAGUGCUGCCUCAGCACCAGGGUCAAAUCAAGUCAUUGCACGCAUGGCGCUUCCAGCUCUGCCUGUGGAGCUGAGCCGGGCUCAGAAAAAUCCCCUGUGACUGGCCAUGGGAGCAGCAGAGCUCCUGAAGUCGAUUCACAGCACCCAGAGGUCUCUUACUAUCAACAGAUUGCAUACUGUUGAUGGACUGCAAUCCAUUGGGGACUGUGUCGCCCCUGCCAACUCCAUUACCAACGUGAACAUUUUGUUCAGAACCUCCUUGAGUUCCCAGCUUGUUGACUUUGCAUCCAUUUCUGCUCACCAAGGCAGAAUCAUAGUAGAAACAUAUAACAAAUAUGGCAGUGAAAGACAACCCAAGUAUUGGUAAAGGGCCAUUCUUAGCCUACUCUUGGGCCUGAUGACAGAGAUUUUAGUUCAUGAGUAAAGGCAGUUCUGAAAAGCAGCCAGCUAUAUGGACUCCACUUUGUCCCCCUUCCUAAGUGCUAAGAGAAGGAAGGUAUAGGAAUCAUGUAAAAUGUACACAUUUAAUCCAUUUUAGAGUGAUAACUCCACUUAUCAGUUUAACUAUUUAAUAAUCUGGGUUAUGUGCAUCCAGAUGUGAGAUGAAGAGAUUUUCACUUAAAAGUGGAUAUUUUUCAAACAUGUUAAAUUAACCUCCAGAGAGAAGUGCCUGUAAUUUCUGUUCCUGGUGUCACUUUAAAGCUUUGCUAUUCAUGACUCUGUAGCUAUUUUAAAAACUUUUCGCAGCAAAUGUGAUUAAAUGAAGUUUACAAAGCAACACUGUAGCUUAUGCAUCAUUUUAAAAGUUGAUUAACAUUCAUUUAUUGUUAAAGCAAUGACAAUAAACAACAAUGAAAUAAAAAGAGCAAAUAGCUUAACAUGGCUUAUUUUAGGUAAACUAGUUUUGUCAUUGUAUGCAAUUCUAAGUAAUGCCAGAAUUAAAAUGUCAAACAAGCUACUUAAACAGUGGCAGCUGUGGACGUGUGCUUGUUUUCCAUUUGUUUGUCAAGUAGUAAUUUGACUCUUGCACUGUAAUGAAGGGAAAUUAAGAUAUUGCUCCCCUAUAUUGCUAUUCAACUACCUCUACAUGCUUUAUUUCUUUUUAGGGGUUCCCUUCCAAGUCUGUAUAAAAAAAGUUUCAGCUCAUCUAUGUUGUAAUAGCAAUGUAAUAUAGACACAGUCUUUGUGAAAGUUGUUUGUUCAUUAAUAAAAGUUUCCUAUUGUCUCA